AUGAUGAAAAAAGGGGAUAGCUAUUUUCUUAAAAUGGCAGAGAUGGAUUUAAAAACAGCCACAUCAACGAUGGAAGCUUUGGUUCGCAUCAGUUCUAACAUGAAAAGCCUGGAGCAUGAGCUUCAUUGCCCUGUGUGUAAGGACAUAGUCAAACAGCCCGUGGUCCUGCCAUGUCAGCACAGCAUCUGCCUCAUGUGUGCCUCUGAGGUCUUAGUGGCAAAUGGCUACCCACCUCCAGAGCUUCCCCCAGAGCCCAACUCCCCAGCCUCCACACCUAACACCCGCUCACCUCGUCAGGUGCGCAGGCCUACGCCUAAAGCUGAACAGCGACCCAUUGACCGUGUGCUACGAUCAGGUCCCCACCCACCUUCGCCAUCCAUGCCUCGGUCACCGGGAUAUGGGACAUAUCCAGGGCGACGCCGUAAGGAGGGCCCAGCCCUGGUGAUGAUGUUCCCCUGUAUCCCCUGUGGCCGAGAUGUGGAGUUGGGUGAGAAGGGUCUCACUGACUGUCUGCGCAACCUCACUUUGGAGCGUAUAGUGGAGAGGUACAGACACACAGUGAGUCUGGGCAGUGUGGCUGUUAUGUGCCAGUUUUGUAAGCCACCUCAAGCUCUGGAGGCCACCAAGGGCUGCGCUGACUGCAGGGCCAAUUUCUGUAACGAGUGUUUCAAGCUGUAUCACCCAUGGGGGACGCCACGGGCACAACACGAGCAUAUUCAGCCUACACUCAACUUCAGACCAAAGGUUCUGACUUGUCCAGAGCAUGACCAGGAGAAACUGCAGUUCUAUUGUAGGUCCUGUCAGCGGCUGCUCUGCCCACUCUGCAAACUGCGCCGCAUCCACACUGGACACAAAAUCCUCCCAGUGGCCCAGGCAUACCAAGCCCUGAAGGAGAAGAUUACAAAGGAGAUGAACUACAUUCUGUCCAACCAGGACACAGUUCUGGCUCAGAUUACACAGCUGGAGAGUGCCAUCACUCAGACCGAGGUAAACAGUGUGUCAGCCAGAGAACAGCUGGCUCAGAGCAUCAGGGAUCUGACGGCCACUCUGGCCGAGCGCCACGCUUCCCUCACACAAGCUCUGGAAGGGGCACGGCAGAAACGAGGCGAGGCAUUGGCUGCCCAAGUGUCAGAGAGACGGGGAUUGAUGGAACAUGCUGGGCUCAUGGCGUUUACCCAGGAGCUGCUGAAAGAAACAGACCAGCCCUGCUUUGUGCAGGCUGCUCGCCAGACUCAUAACAGGUUGAGUAAAGCAAUUGAGAAUCUCCAGCAUUUCACUCUGGCUGCUGAUCCAUCCUUCAGACACUUCCAGCUGGACGUAUCCAAAGAACUCAAACUCCUGACAGAGUUGAACUUCACCCAGGCCCCCUUGGCUCCAGUGAUUGACACCCAGCGCACCCUGGCCUACGACCAGCUCUUUCUGUGCUGGCGACUGCCCCAAGACUCUGCACCCGCCUGGCAUUUCUCUGUCGAGUAUCGCCGUCGUGGUGUGGUACCAGGAGGAGCAUCCCGAGGCGGGUUCAGAGGAGGAUUGGCUGCCGCCCGCUGGGGCUGGCAGAGAUUGGAUGAAGUGAGUGGGAGCAGCGCUGUGAUUGACAGAUUGGAGAUGGACAGCGUGUACGUGCUGCGAGUGAGAGGCUGCAACAAGGCAGGCUAUGGGGAAUACAGCGAGGAGGUGUACCUGCACACUCCGCCUGCACCAGUGCUUAACUUCUACCUGGACUCUCGUUGGGGUCUCCAUGCUGACCGCCUGGUGGUCAGUAAAGAGCAGCGUUGUGCUCGCAGUGUCCCUGGUCUCUCCUUGUUGCAGGCUGCUGACCAUGCCCUCACUUCCUGUCACCUGACUUCAGACCUCCUGGUUGGGGAUGUAGCUAUUACACAGGGACGUCACUACUGGGCAUGCUCAGUAGAGCCUGGGUCUUACUUAGUGAAGGUGGGAGUUGGCCUGGAAUCCAAACUGCAGGAGUGGUUUCACCUUCCACAAGACAUGGCAAGUCCGCGCUAUGACCCAGACAGCGGUCAUGACAGUGGAGCAGAAGAUGCCUUGGACUCUGCUCCGCCCUUCUGCUUCCUCACUAUGGGAAUGGGCAAAAUCUACCUGCCUCAGCAUAGCAACCACCACCACAGUAGCCACGGGAAUGGUAUCCGAGACCCCAUCACCAAUGGCAACGGCCCCUCUUCACCCACAGGCCUAACCUACCCGCUGCCGCCCCGGCUCGGUGUGUGCCUUGACUUUGAGAAGGGUCGCGUCACUUUCUAUGAUGCCCACUCCCUGCGACCUCUGUGGGAGGGUCAUGUAGAUUGCUCUGGCCCUGUGUGUCCAGCUUUCUGUUUCAUUGGUGGAGGGGCUCUGCAGCUGCAGGAGCUGGUGGCCAAUCGCAACGCAGAUCAGACUCCAGUCAGAAGGGUAACCAUUCAGCCUCGCAUCUCUAAUUUAAAUAACAACUGAUGCCUGAUCUGAGGUUAUAUGGAAAUUUGGAAUGUAAUUGGUAAUUGUGAUGUAUUUACUCAGCUAGAGCGAAAAGUUAGACAUCUCAGCGAUUUUGUUUUGUAUUUAAUUUUCUUUCUAUGAGAAAAUGUUUCUAUAGCAACAAAUAUGCAAUGUAAUUAAGUUUCUUACGUUUUUGUUAUAUGCAGUUUUGCAAGACGUAUUGCUUAAGUAGUGUCUGGUUUAUCCAGCACUCAAUAUGUAAUUAUAUCUUUGAUGCUUUCACUUGCAGCCAGGCUAUAUUGCAUACAUUUAUAAAGCUAAUGUAGACACAUCACCAAAUAGUGUUGUCUUUCCUGUAGAAGCUUUUAUUCUGUCAUUUCACGUCCUUAAAGCUUAACAUAUCUUAACAUAUCUUUUGACUUAGAAAUAUGAUCAUAGAAAUAUAUCAUUAUGUUAAAAAAAAAAAAAAAGGUCUUGAAUAUUUUAUUGCA